UAUCAGGUGAAGGCAGGUCAGACUCGACCACAUUCGGGGAGUGAACAUUAAACGCUCUAAGGUUAACAUUCGCGACAUGGGAGUUGCAUCUCAUUGUUGUGUCCUUCUUCAUGUAUACAGCGCUCCGAGUGCCAUAUAGGAUACUACUGUGAGGUCACUGACAGGAGAUGUCACAUGGCAGCACUGUGUCACAUAGUGUGAAGGCUCAAACAUACCAGUACCUUACAUCCAAUUCAGAAAAAUAUGAGAACGAGCUAAGUCUGCAAGAGGCAGACUCGAAGUUGCAAGACGUCAAUGAAUGUGAAGUUUCAAAUGAGGAUAUAAUCGGAAACGGAUCAGAACUAAGAAAUGAAGAGGCUAAGAAGGAAAAAGUGGAGCCAGACGGUGGAUGGGGUUGGAUGGUCGUUACCGGAGCUUCCCUCAUUCUGGUAAUGGUUGAUACAGUUGGGCAGUGCUUUGGAAUUAUAUUCUCCACCUUCUUAAGUGAGCUACAGACGCCCUCCACUAUCACCGCCUUGAUCUUCAACAUGUUUGGCUUCACUUGGUGCAUGACUGGGCCAGUCUUGGGACCGUUGGUGUCUGAGUUUGGCUGGAGGAAGGUGACCUUUGUGUCAUCCAUCAUGCUCUCCUUCUCUACCAUUGCCUCAGCCUUCGUCCCCUCUCCCUGGGCCCUCCUCUUCACCUAUUCUUUUCUAGGAGGAAUUGGCUGCGGUAUAUUAUCAAACAUCAGCUACACGAUUGUGCCUUACUACUUCAGAAAGCGGAGAGGAUUAGCCAAUGGCAUCAUAAUGUCCUGGGAUUGUGGAGGCCAGCUGCUGGGACCUCCAUUGAUUUAUUUUUUACAAUCUGAGUAUGCCUUUUCAGGCGCCACCCUCAUACUUGGCGGUAUAGUCCUCCAUUGUUGUUUGGGGGCAGCAGUCUUCCAUCCCAUUGAAUGGCACUUAAAAUCUCAAGCUUGUGAAACCGAAAACAUAGGAAAGGUUCAUGAAAGAGUUGGUGAGAGUUGCCACAGCUCAGGUCGUCCACCCAAGUUUUCAAAAUGUCAGUGGGAAAUCUUGACAGGCUUGAUUCAUUCCAGUAUUGCUGACCUGUGUAUCCUUAGGUCGGCAAGGGCGGUCAUCAUAGCUACGAGUGCUGCUCUUAUUUUCAAUGGAUACCUAAAUUUUCUGGCCUUCGUCCCCUUUGCAAUGCAAGAUUCUGGCUUCAGUCUGGAAAAUGCUGCAUGGUGUGUUUCUGUGUCCGCAAUAUGCAACAUGUUAACACGGAUUAUUGUCUCUACACUCUCCGAUACUCGUUUCUUCAAUUUUCGAACAUGCUACCUUAUGGGUAGCUUAACUAUCACCAUCACUAUGAUUGCCUUCAUUCAUGUGCGGGACAUCAUGUGGGUGACGGUGGUGAUGGGCGUGUGGGGCUGUGGCGUGGGCGCCUUCAUGAGUAUUUUCAACUUGGUUAUGGUUCACUACAUGGGCCUCAAAAACUUUAUGGCAAUGCUCGGGGCCACUAUGUUGUGUAUUGCUGGAGGAUACCUCACAAUUGGCCCUUUCAUUGGGUACAUACAUGAUGUCACCGGGAGGUACGAAAUUACUACGUGUGUAUUAGCCUCCACAGUAUUUUGCAGCUUCUUCCUCUGGUUAUUCAUGCCUGCUGCUUCAACUUACGAUACCCGGAGGAGUGUUGUGGAAAACGUGAUUUAGGCACAUUGAAAACCUCUUUUUUCAGCUAAGUAAUUAUGUAAAACAGUUCUGAUGAGAGGUUAAAAUUUUUAUAAGAGAUGGGCAAUUUCUCUCAUGGCUAUACCUCCUAAUUUCUCCUGAUAUGGAGGUGGUACCAUAGUAGCAAGAAGUUAAGGGAAAAAAAGAACACUGGAUGCCAUAUCAGGAACACAGGAACUGGAAGCUACAUUAAGAACACUUGAAGCUACAUAAGAAGCAAAGGCACAAGGCCAGAGAUUUGUAUACCAAAGCUGAAAGCAAAGUGGAAGUAGGCUAAGCUAAACAGUUGUUGACAAAAGUUUGAGAAGACAUCCCCUGUGUCCAGAUACCAUGGUGAUGCUGUGUCACAAAUAUAUAAAUGGUAUAUAAUAUUGAAAAAUUGUAUGUCUUGUCAACGUGUCCUAUCAGUUAUGAUGCUUGUGCAGCUCAGCAACACUAUGGCAUCUUGGUGCAAGGGAUAUCUUUUCUAUUAUUCAGCAUGACUACUACAACUAAUGGACCCCUGCUUGCUUUGUGGCAUCUCCAGCUAUUGCACUUCCAGUCUCUGGUCUUGUACCUCUGUAUUAUGUUAAGGGACUGACUACCUAUCAAGAUUGAAGGAUUGAUUAUAAUCAAAAAGAAGUGCUACAUCUACAAGGGUCAUACAGUGCAACAGGGCAGGGAAGGGUGCAGGGGUACUGGGUAGCAAGAGGGAGAGGGAUUAUUAUUAGGGCAGGGGUAGAGGGUAGCAAGCAGGAGACUUAGAAUGAGCUGAGGGGUGCUAGGGGCAUCAUUAUCAGUCAGUGUCUGAAGGAUUGAUACCUCAAAUUCUCUGUCUAAUUUUGUGUUUGUAAGUGUAGCAUGUGAAACUAGGUAUAGACCUUUGUAUUUCACACAUCAAUGGUCCUGACUAGGGUAGCCAACAAUUAUAAUGCACCUUGCUUAUGAUUGCAUUUUACCUUACUUCACAGGAGUGAGAGGUUAGUAGUAGUAGCGACUAGUUGUCAAAAGACCUUAUCAGUAGACACACACACACACACACGCACACGCAGGGCCAGGAGUGUAGACAGCCUGUACUGUCUGCACAGGCAGCCCAUGCUGUCUGCCAGCUUAGUUCAUAUUUUGCGCCACUAAAGAGCUGCCCUCUGGGCCUGUCCAAGUCUAUGGGAAGCUGGUCCCACACACUCUCACUCACACAGCGGCCUAGCAGGAAGAGACAAGGCCUACUAGUAGCUCUCUCUCGUGGGAUGGCCCUCCCGGGCCAUGGGCACAACACACAAGCCUGUGUACCCACCACGACUUAACAAUAAAGAAGCCUCCUAAGACGUAUCAUUGAACCCCGCUACCAUAAUGCCAAUUAAUCGUGGUUCACAUUGGUGGGAAGCGGUGGUCGCAGCAAUUGUGUUUGUGCAGAGAGAGAGGAAGGAAGGUAUGAAAGUCAUCUUCACUUCAUCACCCUAUACAAGAAGCAUCCGUCUCUCAACGAGUUAUCCUGAUGUCGUGUCUGCACGUUUGAGCAUCCAGACACAGGUACAAGCAGGAUCUAGCCAAAAUUUGCCGAAUUUCUUCGAGAAUUCUAAGUGGCAUCCCAGUGACUCCACGCUACAGCGUCCCACGCUGUUUCUCAAGUCACGUGUUCAGUGUCACUUGUAUGUUGCUGUUGUUCAGCUCAGCAUAGCUGUUUCAGCAAGCCAGAGGUGAGUUUUGUGGUGAUUUCUGCAUCCAGUGUGUCUCCCUGUGUUUGUGGGUAGGAGAGGAGGAAGUGGCCAGAUCCUCCCUCGCCAUACACUCACCCAUGCUCACCCUACUCACACCUCACCAGCCUACCACCACACUCCACCACAAUGUACACACUCCCUCUACUGUGUUUUCUGCUGUUUUCCAUGUGAAUUCAUUGCCAGAGCUGUGUAUCCGAGUGCCCGAGGUCACUCGAAGCCAUGUGGAUCAGCAUGCCACGUAGAUCACUCGAAGCCAUGUGGAUCAGCAAGCCACGUGGAUCAGCAAGCCAUGUGGAUCAGCAAGCCACGUAGAUCAGCAUGCCACAUGGAUCCCGACACCAUGUGGGGUGUGGGCGAUGUCACGUGGAUCUACAAGCCACAUGGGUUACCAAGCCAGAUGUCCCAGGCCACAUGCUGUGGUCUGCUGCCCAUAUCACAUUGACGUCACCGACGAUGCUGCCCGACUUCAUGACGUCACGAUGUCUGCCUGAUGUCGCCUCGAGAUGCCUGCUGACGUCACCUCGGGACAUCACACCUGACAUCACGUCAGUGUUCUAGUAAUUAUUUCAGUAUUGUCGAGAAGAUACAGUGGACCCCCGGUUAACGAUUUUAAUCCGUGCAAGAGGGCUCAUCGUUAUGCGAAAUAAUCGUUAUGCGAAUUAAUUUUCCCCAUAAGAAAUAAUGGAAAUAAAAUUAAUCCGUGCAAGACGCCCAAAAGUAUGAAAAAAAAUUUUUUUUACCACAUGAAAUGUUAAUUUUAAUACACACAAACUGAAAAAGGCAUGCACAAUUACAUGACACUUACUUUUAUUGAAGAUCUGGUGAUGAUUGAUGGGAUGGGAGGAGGGGAGAGCAUUAUCUUCUUACUGUUUAGAAGGGGAAUCCCCUUCCAUUAGGACUUGAGGUAGCAAGUCCUUUUCUGGGGUUACUUCCCUUCUUCUUUUAAUGCCACUAGGACCAGCUUCAGAGUCACUGGACCUCUGUCGCACAACAAAUCUGUCCAUAGAGCUCUGUACCUCCCGUUUCUUCAAGACUUUCCUAAAAUGGGCCAUAACAUUGUCAUUGAAAUAGUCACAAGCACGGCUUGCAACAGCUGUGUCAGGGUGAUUUUCAUCUAUAAAGGUUUGCAGUUCAAACCACUCUGCACACAUUUCCUUAAUCUUUGAAGUAGGCACAAUGGAUUCCACAACUGGCAUAGGCUUCUCAGGGUUAGCCCCAAACCCUUCAAAAUCUUUCUUAAUUUCCAUACUAAUUCUCACCCUUUUUACCACAGGGUUGGCACUAGAAGCUUUCUUGGGGCCCAUGGUCACUUAUUUUCCAGAAACACCACCGAAAACACUGUAAUAAUACGAAAUAUUCCGAGUGUAUGCUUGGAUGUUACCGCGGAGGCUGGCUGGUAAACAAUGGGACGGCCGGCACAUGUGAGGGCACAUUGGACGCGUCUCGGACGAAAAUCGGUAUGCGGGUUUUUAAUCGGUAUGCGGGGCAAAAAUUUUGCGAUAAAAGUAAUCGUUAUGCGGAAAAAUCGCUAUGCGAUGCCAUCGUUAUGCGGGGGUCCACUGUAUAUGACAUGUGUUAAUUCCUCUCAGUCAGUGUUCUCACAUGUUAGUGUAUGGCUUAGUGUCAGUUUUGUGCACAGAAAAGCAUCAUUUGCUAGUUCAAGCCAUGUUUUACCACAUGUACUGCAGGUGUGUGUAGUUUCCGUGUGUCCAGUGAGGUCUGAGCCAGACCUGAGUAGCACCACUGUGCUAAGUCACCCGAUGUGACCAGUGUUUGACAGCUGUUAUCAGUCAGCUCUGAGCCCAAGCCCUCUUGUAUAGAAAGCUUUUAUGCUCGUCGCCGUGAUGUUCUGCAGAAUCGUACCUGCUACGAUUCCCAUAGAGAUUUGUUUCAUUUCGCCUCCAGACCUUCAGAGUGCAGUUAUAUGUAGAGAAAAGUCUGGGGAUGCUUAGACUAACCUCUGCUAUAACUCCAACUGCCGAGAGAAUGACACUCGUCAAGCCGCAGUUAGCCCUGUUGGCAGGCGGUGUGUCAGCCUUGUGUCACAAGCUUCAGUGAGCAGCCUGCACAAAGAUGAUGUCACUGACUGCUAGCUCGCUCACUGCAGUCUGGUGCAUGAUGUUAUGACUCCCAGAUGUUUCGCCCAGUCGUCUCUGCCACGACUCUCUCCACGCUCACCAGCAGUGACAGCCCAGCGACAGUACAAGUCGAGAAGUAUCCUCCUGAGUCACUUGCCAGAAGUCCUGCCCAGUUGCUGAGUUUUGUCGACGCCUCACUCGAGGGCACCAGCAUGUGCCCCAGGUUGAGUGAAACCUGCAGCGACUCCUACAAUGACUGCUUCACCGUUCCAGAGAACACCGUACCCUGUUACAUCACAGUUCAGCAGCAGCGAUGUCUCCUGUGUUGCAGUAUCUGUCCAGACGCAGGAAGGCAUGCAGUGAUGCCCUUCUACACUCACUGCCUAUGACCACGAUGUUUAGCACACCCCACAUGUAUUUUUCUUCCCUACCUGUAGGAAGUUUUCUUUUUUCCAUGUCCAUAUGUAUAUACAUGUUUUUAUUUUGUGUUCUGUGCUCUGUUCCUACGAGAGAGAGACUUGAGUUUUUUUACCGUCAGACAUGGUCAGGACGACCAUAUGGCAGGUGGCCGAGCAUAUGUAGACAGCCUGUACUGUCUGCACAGACAGCCCAUGCUGUCUGCCAGCUUAGUUCAUAUUUCGCACCACUGAAGUGCUGCCCUCUGGGCCUGUCCAAGUCUGGGAAGCUGGUCCCACACUCUCACACAGCGGCCUAGCAGGAAGACACAAGGCCUAGUAGCUCUCCUCUUGUGGGAUGGCCCUCCCGGGCCAUGGACACAACACACAAGCCUGUGUACCCACCACGACUUUGAAAAUAAAGUAAGAAGCCUCCGAAGACGUGUAUCAUUCAUACACCCCGCUACCAGUAAUACCAAUUAAUCGCUGGUUCACAGGAGCUAGGACUCGACCCCUGCAACCUCAACUAGGUGAGUACACACACCCUACACACACACUAUACACAAAAACACACACUAUGUACACGCACACGAACACUAACACCCUACACAUACACUACACACACACACACACACACACACACAUAUAUACAGCAGGCCUGGUGUCUAAUCGGCAUGUGCCUACGACAAAAUGGUAACUAACUAACCUGGCCUGUGUGAGAG